AUGGAACCCACGACCAGAAGAUAUUUCUUUUCCCCACUGCCGGCACAGAUUCUGACCUACCUGGACGGGGUGGUGAAGGUGGAGGAGACGCCGCUGAAGCCCCGUGUGGCUUUCCUCUACCCAGUCGUCAACCACAACGUCUCUGUCGUCAUCAACGCCACCCACGAAGGUGACACUGGCCAGUACAUCUGCACUGUCAACGUGGUGGAUGAUGCUGCCAGCGCCAGCAAGAACGUCGCCGUCAUCAACCUCACCGUCCUCGUGCCACCGGCCACCCCCACGUGCCACCUGCAUGGGGACCCGGCGGUGGGCGCCAAUGUCACCUUGAGCUGUGGGUCUGCCAAGGGGAAGCCACCACCCAUGUUCCAGUGGCAGCGGAUGUCCCCAACCCUGCAGGUCUUCUUCCCACCCGCACAGGACCGGGCCAGGGGCACCCUCAAACUGACCAACCUCUCCCUGGACAUGGCGGGACUCUAUGUCUGCGUGGCCGAGAACCGGGUGGGUUCAGCUGAGUGCAGCAUCGUCCUGGAGGUGCACCAAACGAGCACCAAAGCCGUCAUCGCUGGCGCCGUGUUGGGUUCCCUGGGCGCCAUCGCCACCGUCGUUUUCUUCACCCGGAGGGUCAUCAGUUACCGGAGGAAAAAACGGGAUGGGCAGGAGGAGGCAGCCAAUGAGAUCAA